GUUUGACUAGUGUGGUCUUCUGUGCAGUGCAUGACUCAGUUGUGGAUUUCGGCAGCGAUUUAAAGCUGAUAGUCAACCAACAUGGGUCGGCGUUCCUCUGACAGUGAGGAUGACAGUCGGAGCAGGAGGAAAAGAAAACAGCGUCGUCGUUCCUCCUCAUCCUCCUCUUCAUCCUCAUCUUCUGGCAGCAGGGUGACCAGCAGCCGGAGCCGGAGGUCCAGUCGCCGCAGCCGCUCCAGAGACAGAGACAGAAGGCGGCGAAGACGCUCCAGCAGCAGUUCAUCUCACAGUUCGUCUCGCAGGAGGAGGAGUCGCAGUGCAGAGAGGGAUAAAGGGAGGAGCCAUCGCUCACACAGGUCACGCAGCCGAGAGAGGAGGUCGUAUUCUCGCCAUCGGCGGAGUCGCAGUAAAAGCGCCAGCCGCAGCCAGCGAGGGAGCCACAGCCGUAAAAGAAGCCGCAGCCACAGUCGUCGAAGGAGCCGCAGUCACAGCAGAGAGCGCGACCGAAGCCGACGCAAGGGUCGCGACCGUGAAAGAGAGAAAGACAAAGAGAGAGGAAGAGACAGAGAGAAGGACAGGAGUAAAGACAAGGCAGAGAAAAAGGGGGACGCCGGGAACAUCAAAGCCAGAUUAGAACAUCUGACUCCAGCAGAACAGGCCAAGGUCCGAAUGCAUAUGGUUCUGCAGGCUGCAGCCAAGACGGAUGAGGUGCUAAAGGCCAAAGUGGCAAAGAGAGAGGAGGAGGCCCGGAAGAAGCAGGAGGAAGAGGGAACUUCUCUGGAGGAGCAAGUGCGAAGGAUAAAGGACAUUGAGGCCAUCGAGAGUGAUUCCUUUGUUCCUCAGGCUUUCAAAUCAUCCAGGGAUGACAUAAAGGUUGAGUCGUCCGAGGUGAAGCAAGAGUCAGAGAAAGCAGAUUGUCUCGGUGUCAGUCUGCCUAUGUCCAUAGUCUACAAUGACAGUGACACACUCGCGCAUCCCAGUUUGUUCAUGGACAAAGAGAAGGCAGAAGAGCUGUGGCUAAACAGACUGAUCUCACUGCGACAGGAGAGGCUCAUGGGAAGUCCUGUGACCUGAAGGGCAUGAAUCAGACAGAAGACCCCUCCCUUUUCCAGAACAGAUCCAUCAUUGAUCUACACCUCAUUCACUCAGUUGAUCUUUCAUUUACUGUGUCCUAGUACCUGUCAUUUCUCUGUGUGUUGUAGUUUUUUCCACUGCAUUUCUUAAAUAACUCCCACAUCCGUCUAAUAAUUUGUUGAGAACUUAACAAAUUAACAGGUUUUGGUCUGGUAAAUAUUUGAAAAUGUGCUCUACAUUCAAUAAUGUAGUGUUUUGUUUGGCCUCUGUUCUUUUCAUUUUACUGCACCCUUAUUUUGACAUGACCUGUUUUACACUGGGAAUGUAACAUUUGUCAUAAACGUUGACUUUGUCUUUUGUAAUGAAGUCAGUAAAUAAAGAGAGCUGUUUAGUAAAA